AUGUCCGAUUCAGUAAACAUGUCGUUAGAUGAUAUAAUAAAACAGAAUCGUAAUAAUAAAUCGCGUGGGAGGGGUGGCGGUACUAUUCGUGGCCGUGGUGGUGGCGGGCGUGCGGCCCGGAGGGGUCGGGCAAGAGGUGGCGGAUCUAUGCGACCAGCUACUCCUGCUGCACUCCAGGGUCGAUCGCGCGGCAGAUCUCAGUCUCGUGGGCGAUCUCAGUCUAGAAGUCGUUCACAAUCUAGAAAUCGUUCUCGCUCUCGUCAACCUAGACGGUCUUUAUCUCGGGCUAGGUCUGCAUCAAGGUCACGAUCGGGAUUAAGAGGGUUGACUCCCAAAGGUAGAGCAGGCCUUGAAGAUCAAGAAACGGAAAUACCACAACUAGUGCGAAGGAAUAGUUUUAAUAGAGGUAGAGGCAGAGGGGGUCUUCAAAAUAGAAUUCGUCGUUCCAAUUCAACCUCUAAUCUGCAAACAGGAGUACAUAGUCGUCUAGGAAUUACCACUCGCAGGGGGAAUAAUAUUCAUCGACCACUUGCAGUUGCUAAAAGGGGGGACGAAGGGGACCUGGUAGUG